CAGCGCGUGUUCAGCCUGACCCUGGUUCGCGGCACCCCCUUUUACGGCUACCACGCAGAGGAGUGCGUGUGGAUUAAGGUUCUCAUGUACAAUCCGCGGGACGUGAGCCGUGCGGCCGAGCUACUGCGGGGCGGCGCUGUGAUGGGGCGGGCGUGGCAGCCACACGAGAGCCACCUGCCCUACCUGCUGCAGCUCAAAAUCGACUUCAACCUGUCUGGCAUGGGCUGGCUGCGCCUCAGCCAGGCGCGGUUCAGG